AAUAAUAAUAAUAAUAAUAAUAAUAAUAAUAAUAAUAAUAAUAAUAAUAAUAAUAAUAAUAAUAAUAAUAAUAAUAAUAAUAAUAAUAAUAAUAAUAAUAAUCAUAAUAAUAAUCAUAAUAAUAAUAAUACUAAUAAUAAUAAUAAUAAUAAUAAUAAUAAUAAUAAUAAUAAUAAUAAUAAUAAUAAUAAUAAUAAUAAUAAUAAUAAUAAUAAUAAUAAUCAUAAUAAUAAUAAUACUAAUAAUAAUAAUAAUAAUAAUAAUAAUAAUAAUAAUACUAAUAAUAAUAAUAAUAAUAAUAAUUAUAAUAAUAAUUAUAAUACUAAUAAUAAUAAUAAUAAUAAUAAUAAUAAUAAUAAUAAUAAUACUAAUAAUAAUAAUAAUAAUAAUAAUAAUAAUACUAAUAAUAAUAAUAAUAAUAAUAAUAAUAAUAAUAAUAAUAAUAAUAAUAAUAAUAAUAAUAAUAAUAAUACUAAUAAUAAUAAUAAUAAUAAUAAUAAU